GUAGAGUAAUCAGUGCAUACACCUCUUGAUCACCUACCACCACCAUCCCAACUGCCUACACUGUACCCACACAUCCUUGAGCACGCCAUGCACGUUCAUAGUUACGGCAAGGAUCGCAUCGGACGAACGUGGAUUAUCAUCGAUGUCAUCUAUUAUCGAUCAUUAGUAUCCAAUCUCCUACAGCCAUGUCAGAGCUUGACCUCCAGUCCAUUCUCAAAUUCACCGUUGCUCUUGCCUACGAGGCAGGCCAUGUUAUUCGCCAAGGCUCAGAAGCAAUCCAGCUGGCUGGAUCUAACGUAGACGAGAAGAAAAAUUCGGUAGAUCUCGUUACAGAGUACGAUGUCAAGGUCGAGGAGCUUGUAAAGAAGAAGAUCAGUGAGACGUAUCCUUCGUUCAAAUUUAUCGGAGAAGAAACCUACGCUGCAGGAUUGCGGCCAGAAUGGACAGAUGAGCCCACGUUCUGCGUUGACCCCAUCGACGGAACGACAAACUUUGUUCAUGGUUUUCCUUGGGUCUGCAUCUCUAUUGGGCUAAUUUACAAGCGCCACUCCGUCUUGGGCGUCAUUUACAACCCCUUCCUCGACCUUCUUUAUACCGGCGUCAAAGGAUCCGGUUCCUACGUUACACACAGCGGUCCUAACGGUAUCCCACGCAAGCUCCCAUUUGCCAGUUCACCCAAACCCCUCGCCUCGUUAAGCCAGGCCCAAAUAGCUGUUGAAUGGGGUAAUGACCGCGCCUCGAAACCACUCACCUCUCGCUCGGAAAGCUUCCAUCUUAUUGCAGGAGACCCUUCGAACGGUGUCGUCGGAGGCCGAAUGGCGCACUCGCUGCGGUCUCUAGGGAGCUCGGCAAUGAACUUUGCUAUGGUUGCCCAGGGUGGACUGGAUAUGUACUGGGAAAUUGGAUGCUGGCCCUGGGAUGUGAGCGCUGGGGUUUUGAUAGCCCAGGAAGCGGGCGGACUAGUAACAGGAUCGCAUAAAGUGUAUGCUGAGACGAAAGAUACGCCGGCGUUUGGCGAUGUUGGUGAAGCUAUCCUGACGGGACGAAAAUACAUCGUUGUUCGUGCGAUCGGGGACACCGAGAAGGAGACAGGACGUGAGGCGCAGAAAAGGAUCAUUGGCGAAUUCUACGAUACUGUACAAGACUACGACGCAUUGUAAAGAUGACCCUCUAGAGAACCCUAGCAACUAAGAAAGCUAAUGCCACAAACCCUCAUCUUCGGAGGGUGCUCCAUUCCAAAUAGCGCAGCCUCCGAUAACAUCAGACACAAGGAACGUCAACACAGGGUAUGAUUCGAUGUUCCGAACAUGUUUUAGGACCUUUACAAAUACCGGUGGAUAUAUAAUAACACGGCUGGAGCCCUGCGCAUUACUCUUUCUUUCGUUCAUCUACGACCUUGUUAUUAUGAAGCUCACCUUCGUUCUCACAUUCGCUGCUGCCGCUUUUGCCAUCGUUGGAGCUGCUUCUCUUGAAGGAAGCACAAAUGCUGCUAGGAUGGCGCGUGGAUUACCGCCGAACCCUCCUGCGU